AAUAGCAUCCAGGUUUUUCGUUCGAUUUCACUUGUCUGCUAUUUUCAAGUGUUUUUCAUUUUGAUUCCUUUUAAGAUUAAAAAAGAUUUGAAAAAAAACAAAAACAAUGUUAAGAAUGUCAAAGAUAAUAAAUUCUUCUUGUCGAAUGUUUUCGACAUCAAUACCAAGAUCAACAAUGGUCGAAAUGUUUUAUGAUUUAGCAUCACCAUAUACUUGUUUACAGGUUCAUUUAUUGGAUCGACAAUUAGGACAUUGGAAAUCAAUGGAAUUAAAAAUGACACCCGUUUCAAUUGCACAUAUAAUGAAAUCAACAUCAAAUUCACCACCAAUCAAAGUACAAGCUAAAGGUCGUUAUAUGUUUCGUGAUCUUCAAACACUUACCGAAUAUCAUCAGAUACCAUUUGCAUUACCAGAAAUAUUUUUCGAAACAGUAUUUGAAAAAUAUACUGUAAAAACACCAAGAUUUAUGGUAGCCGUACAGGAAAAUUCACCCGAAUUACAUGAUAAAUUAAUUCGUAUUGCAUAUGGAAAUUUUUUCACUUCAGAAAAUGCUGUUGAUAUAUCCGAUAUAGAAGAGAUGAAAAAAUUAGCAUCAAAAGCAGGAUGUUCAAAUGAAUUAAUUCAAAAAAUUGAACAAGAUAUGAAUAAUGAUAAAAUCAAAACAGCUUUAAAACAAAAUACCGAUCGUGCUGUUGAAUUAGGUUGUUUUGGUCUACCAAUGACAUUGGUUCAUCGUCCAAAUAUACCAUUGGAACAAUCAUGGGUUUUCGGUUCGGAUCGUAUGCAUAUUAUUGGCUAUUAUUUGGGUGAAAAAGAACCACCAAUUCUUCGAUGAAAAAAAUCAAUUUUUCAAAAAAAAUUUUUAAAAAAAAUUUUUCUUAUAAAAUUCCGAAGCGUACGUUGUUUAUGAAGAGCAUUGUUUUUUAUGAUAAUAAAAAAAAAAAAUACGAAAACAUUC